AUGUCUGAGAAACUGCCCCAGGAUAAGUCGGCUGCGAAAGAAGAGUGGAAGACUUUACCAAGUCUCCGGUACACAAAGGUAUUGCGAAUCAACAAUAUUCCUAUCUUUUUUACUUACAGUAUGACCUCGGCAACAUUGCUCUAACAGCUCUCGUUAUGGCUUAUUCAAAACUGGUGUCGAUGAGUUCGGAGAAGAACGUUGUCUUGCCCAGUGAGGAUCCAUUAUUGAAUAUCAGUGCAGUAAAGGCAGCCGACGAGAUUCGACAGGGAAAAGUAGGUAAACAAAUUUUUUCCAAAUGAUUUUACCUUUUUUCUUUCCAGCUAAAAAGUUUUGACCUAGUCUCUGCCUAUUUGAAGCGUAUUCGAGAUGUAGAUCAUUUUAUCAACGCAGUCACUGAACUCUUUGAAGCCGAGGCUUUGAACAGAGCGAAAGAAGUGGAUGAUUACUUGGAUAAGAUUAGAAAUAAUCCAGAGGAAAUUGAAAAGGUAAAAAGAUUUGUUAAAGUUAUCCUCUUUGUCAAAGACGCAUGAUUAUUGAUAGUGAUUACAGAUCAAAUCUGAAAAGCCCCUUCUCGGUCUGCCUAUCUCUGUAAAGAGUAGUUUUGAUUACAAAGGCUACAGGAAUGUUUGCGGGUUAGCCCAUCGACGACAUCUUCCGCCAGCCGAAAAUCACAGUGUUGCUGUCGAUCGGUAAGCUUUCAUUAAUCAAAAUCUAACCAACAGUCCAGCGUAAUCAACGCCGGUGCAAUUCCCAUCUGCUACACGAAUGUUCCACCCGGUUGUAUGGCCUUUGAAACUCACAAUCCUGUCUAUGGUCGUACCAGCAAUCCUCAUGAUACACGCGCAACUUCUGGCGGAUCCUCCGGGGGAGAAGGCGCUUUAAUUUCGGCUCAAGGCUCUUUAUUCGGAAUUGGGACGGAUUUGGGAGGGUCGAUUCGAAUCCCAUCAGCUUUAAAUGGAAUCUACGGACUGAAAACAGGGAUUACAACAUGUCCUUUGGAUGGACACCAGCCUAAUGUCAGCGUAAAGGAUGAGAAUCGAGGACUUCUGGUUAUUGGGCCAAUGUGCCGAUAUGCUGAAGAUUUGCCAUUACUCCAUCAGGUACUUUGCUUUUAUUAGUGAUGACUAACAUUUAUUUUUUAAGGUUUUGAGCGGCAUAACGAUUCCAAGGCCUCUUGAGACGUUGAAGCCUUCAGCGGUCUUCUAUUCGCUUGCUGAAUCAAAGCCCUUGAUCAAAAUUGCGGACCAUGUCAAAGAGCAUGUCCACAAUGUAGCAGAUCAUCUUUCCGAACAAUAUGACGUCUCCAAGGAAGAGCUCGACCUAGGAAAAGACCUGACCGAGCUCUUUAUUUUGUUCUUCCACGGGUUCUUUAAGCCGCACCUGGACUCUAGAGGGUUUUUGGCGCCGAUAAGACAAAUUUAUCGUUUGAAAAAAGGCAUUUAUUUAUUUUAGAACCGGCAAUUCAACGUGUUGAAAGAGUUCUUCAAAUGUGUCCUCGGGUCAUCGGAAAUCUCAGCUGUCACGUUAGGAGUGUGUUAUGGCUCCGGCGCGAAUCUGUCCAACGAGAGUGUAGAAGAAGCCGAAAGGCAUGUUAAGGUUAUCAGAAAGCAUUUGGAAGAUACGCUAGGAGGUAAAGUUAGGCGAUCGGCACUGAACAUACUGCUCGAUAAUAAUCGUCAGCAGAAAAUUUCUCUUGAUUUUUAAGUUAUGAAAUCAUCAUUUUCAGACAACGGGAUCUUGAUUUUCCCAGGCAUGCCAGAAACACACUACUUCCACAACGGAUUCGCUUUGCCCGCAAGUGCUUAUACCGCCAUCUUCAACGCAAUGAGCUUGCCUUCUUUGGCAGUCCCCUGUGGCAGAUGUGAACAGGGCUAUCCGAUAUCAGUCCAGAUUGUUGGAAGCCAUGGAUCCGAGCCUCUGUUGAUGGCAGCCGCUGCGCAAAUGGAAGAGCGGUUUGGAGGCUGGGUUAAACCCAUUCAAAAAUGA